AUGUGCACGGUGCGCAUGGACGAUGCGACGCGGACGCGGCUCCUCUAUGGCAGUGACGACGACGACGACGAAGGGUACGGUCUUCGGUACAAGUUUACGCUGCGGGACGGCGAGGACGAGCAGGCCGUCGACUUGCCCGAGUACUUGAUUCCGAACUCGCUCCUGCACCGACUGAUUGCGCAGAACGGGUUUGAACUCGUGCUCCAGGAAAACUUUCAGUCGUUUGUCGCACUCCACAGCCAAGUGCCGCGCCACCGCGAGCUCCUCUCCAAGAUGCACGUGCUCAACUUUAACGGCACCAUCUCGGACGUCGAGUGGGACAUUGUGAGCCUCUACCAAGUACUCGCGUUUCGAAAGCUCUAG